AUGAGACUCCGGAUGGAGAAAUUUAUCAAGGAGCAACAGGAAAUUAUCGUCAGAGAACUUGAAAAAGUGGACGGCAAAAAGUUUCGCAGAGAUGAGUGGACUCGAGAAAAUGGCGGCGGCGGCAUGUCUUGUGUUCUCCAAGACGGCAUCGUAUUUGAGAAAGCUGGCGUCAACAUUAGUGUGGUGUACGGGUCCCUUCCAAAGCCGGCCAUACAGAAGAUGCACGCAAACCACAAAAUGCUCGAUCCGAGUAUGGAGUCGCUAGACUUCUUUGCCGCCGGCCUGAGCAUGGUUCUGCACCCUAAGAAUCCCAUGGCACCCACAGUCCACCUGAACUACAGAUAUUUUGAAACAGCGAAUCCAGACGGCUCAUCCCAAGCUUGGUGGUUUGGCGGAGGCAGUGAUCUAACACCCGCAUACCUCUUCGACGAGGAUGCCAUCCAUUUCCACAAGACACUCAAGACCGCCUGCGAUUCCCACGAUAAGACAUACUAUCCACGUUUCAAGAAGUGGUGCGACGAGUAUUUUUAUAACAAGCAUCGAGGCGAAUGCCGCGGUGUUGGAGGUAUAUUCUUCGAUGACCUCGAUGACUCGGAAAGUGACCAAGAGAACACCUUCGCUUUCAUCCAGGACUGCUUAAAAUCAUUCAUACCAUCAUACCUUCCCAUCCUUGAAAAACGUAAGGAUAUGCCUUUUACAGCAGAAGAGAAGGAUUGGCAGCAAAUCCGACGUGGCAAGUACGUCGAAUUUAAUCUUGUGCACGAUCGGGGGACUGCUUUUGGACUGAACACUCCGGGAUCGCGGGUAGAAAGUAUACUCGUCAGCCUGCCCCUAACCGCGAGCUGGAAGUACAUGCAUGAGCCAGAACCAAAAAGUAGGGAGCAGCGUCUCGUAGACGUGUUGAAAUAUCCGAAGGACUGGGUUUAA